GAUAUUUACGGACUGCCUAAAGAAAUAAUAACCAAACUUGCAACAACAACUGCAAGGCAUCUGAAGAAGAGCUAUGAGAUCCCACGGCACAGGAACGCAGCAAUCUUGACGAUACAAGGCAGUGGAAAAUAAUCAGUCUUCUGUAAGCUGCAUUUUCCGAGAAGCUCAACCACACAGGAGAUCCUUUAUUAGAAAUGCAUAUAAAGAGAUUAACAGAGCAGACAUGUACUAGAAGAAGAAUCAAAAGACGGGAAAUGGCAUCUUAGACUCUCCCGCGAGGCUCUAGCCAUGAGGAAAGUAUUCCAGAUGUUCGACCAGGGAAAGACUGGAUUCGUGGAAUGCGCUAAAUUCGUCAACAUCCUGAACACUCUCGGCCAGACCUUCGACGAGGACGAGCUCAAGGCCAGGAUCGCCGAGAAUGACCCUGACAAGGAAGGCAAAGUGGACUUCGACAGGUUCUGCUCCAUCGUCAUGCCCUUCCUGGAGGAGGACGACGACGAAGCCAUGCACGAGGAACUGAAAGAGGCGUUCAGACUGUACGACAAGGGCGGCGACGGUUUCAUCACCACCAGCGUCCUUCGUGAGAUCCUGAAAGAACUGGACAACAAACUCACCGAGGAUGAUUUGGACGGAAUCAUUGAUGAGAUUGAUGAGGAUGGCUCAGGGACCGUCGACUUCGAUGAGUUCAUGGAGAUGAUGACCGGGGAAUAAAACCUGACCUCAUCUGACCUGACCACAUCCUUUCUCGCCAAAUCUUACAUGACCUCAACGCCUCUGAUGCCAACAAUCAGCACCAUAUGUCAUAUCUUCUAGUUAAUUUUCAAAGCAAUAAUUUUAUACCGAAAACAAAAUCUGUGUUUAUUCUCCUUUUUAUAUUAUAAAUGUGUUAUCGUGCACCCACGUCACACUAAUGGGAAAUUCCUAUGACUCAUUAGCCUAAACAAAAUGCAAUUUACACACCACUUCACAUGUUGCUUGUGAUCAAAAUAUAUUACACUAUGUAUCUUGAAAUAUCCUAUCCAUACUGAUUUUCCUGAACAUAUGAUGACAUGUCCAUAUUCUAAUAAAGAUAAACAGGUUUUCAGUUAAUGCCAGUAAUUAGAAUACAUGAACUAAAUCCCAAAAUUUUAUAUAUAUAUUGGGGGUACUUUAUAUGUUUUAGUUAAUCACACACUGAUAACUUGAAAUUUAUGUCCAAAUAAAAAAGUUCAGUAACAAAGUAAAAAAGUUCAAUGAAAUAUCAAAAACAUCUUGGUGCAACAGGGUUUGAAAGCUCAUUCAUUGCUCAAGACAAUAAUUUUUAUUACCAAGUAAUUGGUGAACUCUCUGGAUCAUAACUGUAUAUUCUGGUUGUAACAUACUUCAGAAAGAUGUUUACCAACGUUAACUUUUUUCUAGCUCUACCUAUUCAACAAGUACAACUCAGUCAACUGCAACUUUUAUAACUUGACUGAAGCCCUAUUGACCGGCUUGGCUAUGGACUAGGGGAAAAAAAAUGGAGAGAUUUCUUUUCAAUGUAUGCAAGAGUUUUGCAUACAUUAUCUGCAAAGUUUAAUGAGCUACACUGAACAAGAAUCUGAGAAUAAGCCAAAUAUUGCAAGGGUGUAUCACACAGAUGGCAGAUCACUUUUCCAUUUGCUGUUUAAAAGCAAACAUUACAAGCAAGUGUUGACAUGCAAAGAAUGACUAGUCUUGCACUGAAUGUCUGAAAUUUUACAGUAGUGUGCACAUAUGCUUGUGUGUGUAUGUAGGUACUAGCAUAUUAAAAGGGUUAUUAAAAAUGGAAUCUGACAAGAGAAUAAUCUUAAUUAGGUUUAAAAAAAGCAAACUGAGUCCACUUUCUGUUCCUUUUUUAUUGCAAAAAAGGACUAAACACUUGAGAUACUACAUCCAAUUGAAACUUGAAAUGCUUUAUUUACGGACAGAUUGUACUUUGUUGCAUCAAUUCUAACUCCUUCACUUAUAAGAAAGUCCACACAAGUUCUCAUCAAAAGGAGACCUUCUUGUUCCUGGAAUGUGUAAUUAUACUCUCAAUCAUCUUAGAUAUAUCAUAACACUAUUACCAGGUCACAAAUUAAUAUGCCAACUCCAGUGUUUAACUCACAUCUACAAGAGGGUAUUAAUAAAGGUCAAUUUAUGUU